CGCGCAUGCGCGCUGCGUACGCCUGCAGCAGAAGGAAGAUGGCGGCGUCCUGCUCGUGAAGGCAGCGCACGAUCGACUGAGCCACGGCGCCGGACGGGGAAAUUAAAAACAACGGCCGCUCACAUCGGAGGGAGGGGGGGCCGCAGGGACGGAAACGAAUCGCGACUGGUAGCGGCUGUCUAGGUCUUCUCAGAAGAUGAAUAUCCUCAAAGACAACAAGGACCUGGCCUGUUUUUAUACCACCAAACACUCCUGGAGAGGAAAGUAUAAAAGGGUAUUUUCUGUGGGCACCCAUGGCAUCACCACUUACAACCCCACGACGUUAGAAGUAACCAAUCAGUGGCUCUACGGGGACAUCUGCGGGAUCAGCCCCGUGGGGAGGGGCCAGGGGGCCGAGUUCAGCCUCACCUUCCGCAAAGGCAGCGGCAAGAAGUCCGAGACACUCAAGUUCUCCACAGAACACCGGACUGAGCUGCUCACUGAAGCCCUGAGAUUCCGGACAGACUUUUCUGAAGGGAAGAUCACUGGCAGGCGCUACAACUGUUACAAGCACCACUGGAGCGACUCGCGGAGGCCGGUGGUGCUGGAGGUAACGCCAGGGGGCAUCGACCAGAUCGACCCGCAGAGCAACCGGGUGCUGUGUUCAUACGAUUACCGCUCCGUGGAGGGCUUCGUCGAGCUCUCCGACUACCAAGGGGGCUUCUGCAUCGUCUACGGCGGCUUCGGCCGGCUGCACCUCUUUGCCUCCGAGAACCGGGACGAGAUCAUCCGCAGUGCCGUGGAACAUGCCGGCAACUUCAUCGGCAUCACUCUGCGGCUGCGCAAGGAGGCGCUGGCCUUCGAGGGCUUCCUGGCCGAGCGCUUCGGCAAGUACGGCUCUGACGACUGUGUCACCUCGCUGGCCGAGUUUGUGGUGCAGAAGGUCUCGCCGCGACACAAGGAGCCGGUGAAGAGGAUCCUGGCCCUAACAGAGACAUGCCUGGUGGAGAGGGACCCAGCCUCCUACAACGUUGUCACCCUGAAGCCCUUCGAGGAGGUCUUCGCACUCGUAUGUGACACCGAGAACCCGCAGAUGUUUACCGUGGAGUUCAUCCGGGGGCAGAUCCGAAGAUACUCCUCCACGGAGAGGGACGCCCUCCUGGCCAGCGUGCUGGAUGGGGUUCGUGCCUCAGGAAACCGGGAUGUGUGCGUGAAGAUGGUCCCUACGCAUAGGGGUCAGCGCUGGGGGCUGCUCAGCACCCCUGUGGAUGAGGAGGUGGAGAGCCUGCACCUCAAGUUCUUGGCGACACCCCCUAACGGCAACUUCGGUGAUGCUGUGUUCCGCUUCAAUGCCAACAUCUCCUACAGCGGCGUGCUGCAUGCUGUCACGCAAGAUGGCCUGUUCUCCGAGAACAAGGAGAAGCUGAUCAACAAUGCCAUCCUGGCACUGCUGUCCCAGGACACGGAGUUGCCAGUGACCAACGCCGAGCUAGAGAGCCACUUCCAGGCCAUCCGCCGGCUUGUGGCCUCCAAGGCUGGCUUCCAGGCCUUCACUCAGCUGCCCAAGUUCCGGGAGAAGCUGGGGGUGAAAACGGUCAAGGCCCUAAAGAGGAACAACAAUGGCGUGACUCACGCCGCCAUCGACAUGCUGUGCGCCCUCAUGUGUCCCAUGCACGAUGACUACGACCUGAGGCAGGAGCAGCUGAACAAGGCGUCUCUGUUGUCCUCCAAGAAGUUCCUGGAGAACCUGCUGGAGAAGUUCAUUAGCAAUGUGGAGCAUGGCACGGGGGCUCUGGUCAUCAGCUCACUACUGGACUUCCUCACCUUUGCGCUGUGCGCCCCCUACAGCGAGACCAGUGAGGGGCAGCAGUUCGACAUCCUGCUGGAGAUGGUGGCUGCCAAUGGCCGUACUCUCUUCAAGCUUUUCCAGCACCCCUCUAUGGCCAUCGUGAAGGGAGCCGGGCUGGUCAUGAAAGCCAUCAUUGAGGAGGGGGACAAGGAGAUUGCCACCAAGAUGCAGGAGCUGGCCCUGAGUGAGGGUGCACUCCCCCGGCACAUGCACACCUCUCUGUUCACUAUCAGCUCCGACCAGCGUAUGCUGACCAACAGGCAGCUGAGCCGACAUCUGGUGGGACUGUGGACGGCCGAGAACCCCAUUGCCAUGAACCUGCUAAAGAGGAUACUGCCCACAGGAUUGUUAGCAUGUCUGGACAGCACAGAGCAGGUUCCGGAGAAAGACGCGGACAGGAUGCACAUCCGGGACAACGUGAAAAUCGCCACGGACCAGUUUGGACGGAACAAGGUCCCAGAGUGGCAGCGGCUAGCGGGCAAGGCAGCCAAGGAGGUAGAGAAGUUCGCCAAGGAGAAGGCUGACGUCUUGCUGAUGCACUGGCGGGACAAGAUGGGUAUCGCACAGAAGGAGCAGGACAGGAAUAACCUGAACCCAAACCACAAACCUGUCGUCCUGCGGAAGAGGAGACAGCGAAUCAAGAUCGAGGCCAACUGGGAGCUUUUCUACUACAGGUUCCAGCUGGACCACGCCCGAUCAAACCUGAUCUGGAACUUGAAGACCCGAGAGGAGCUGCGGGACGCCCUGGAGGGGGAAAUGCGUGCCUUCAAUGUAGAUCGGGAGCUGGGAAGCGCCAGCGUCAUCUCCUGGAACCACCAGGAGUUCGAGGUGAAAUACGAGUGCCUUUCUGAUGAGAUCAAGAUCGGGGACUACUACCUGCGUCUCCUACUAGAAGAGGAUGAGAACGAGGAGUCGGGGGCCAUCAAAAGAUCGUACGAGUUCUUUAACGAGCUGUACCACCGCUUCCUGCUGACGCCCAAAGUCAGCAUGAAGUGUUUGUGCCUGCAGGCCUUGACCAUAGUCUACGGCAAGUGCUAUGAGGAGAUCGGCCCGUUCACCGACACCAAGUACAUCGUGGGGAUGCUCGAUCGGUGUACCGAUAAGCUGGAGAGGGACAGACUCAUCCUGUUCCUUAAUAAACUCAUCCUCAACAAGAAAAACGUGAAGGAGGUGAUGGACUCCAAUGGCGUGCGCAUCCUGGUGGACCUGCUGACCCUGGCCCAUCUGCAUACCAGCCGGGCGACUGUGCCCCUGCAGAGCAACGUGCUGGAGGCAUCUCCCGACAUGAAGAGGGAGAGCGAGAAGGAGUGGUACUUCGGGAACGCCGACAAGGAGAGACGGGGCCCCUUCAGCUUCGAGGAGAUGCAGGAGUUCUGGGACCAGGGCACGCUGACUGCCAAGACGCGGUGCUGGGCUCAGGGCAUGGAUGGUUGGCGCCCCCUGCAGGCCAUCCCGCAGCUGAAGUGGUGCCUGCUGGCCAGCGGGCAGGCGGUGAUGAACGAGACUGACCUGGCCACCCUCAUUCUCAACAUGCUCAUCACCAUGUGCUCCUACUUCCCCAGCAGGGACCAGGACAAUGCAAUUAUCAGGCCUCUGCCUCGGGUCAAGAGGUUAAUCAGUGACAAUACCUGUCUGCCUCACAUUGUUCAGCUGCUGCUGACCUUUGAUCCCAUCCUGGUGGAGAAGGUGGCCAACGUGAUGUACUUGGUCAUGCAGGACAACCCCACCCUUCAGCGCCUCUACCUGACUGGAGUUUUCUUCUUCAUCAUGAUGUACACGGGGUCCAAUGUUCUGCCUGUAGCCCGGUUCCUGAAAUACACUCACCUGAAGCAAGCCUUCAAGUCGGAGGAGGCCAAAGGUCAGGACGUGGUCCAGCGCAGUGUCCUGGGCCCUGUGCUUCCAGAGGCAAUGGUGUGCUACCUGGAGAACUACGAGGCGGAGCGUUUCGCAGAGAUCUUCCUGGGCGAGUAUGACACACCAGAGGCCAUCUGGAGCAGCGAGAUGAGACGACUGAUGAUCGAGAAGAUCGCUGCCCAUCUGGCCGACUUCACUCCCAGGCUGCAGAGCAACACACGGGCGCUCUACCAGUACUGCCCCAUCCCCGUUAUCAGCUUCCCCCAGCUGGACUACGAGCUCUUCUGUAACAUCUACUACCUCAGACACCUAUGUGACGAGAUCCGGUUCCCCAACUGGCCAAUCCGAGAGCCUGUGAAGCUGCUGAAGGAUGCACUGGAGGCCUGGAAGAGGGAAGUGGAGAAGAAGCCGCCGUCUAUGUCUAUAGAUGACGCCUAUGAGGUCCUCAACCUGCCCAAGGGACAAGGACAGCAUGAUGAGAGUAAGAUCAGGAAGGCCUACUUCAGACUGGCCCAGAAGUAUCACCCAGACAAGAACCCAGAGGGCAGGGACAUGUUUGAGAAGGUGAACAAAGCCUACGAGUUCCUGUGCACCAAGUCAGCCCGAAUCACUCACGGACCCGACCCAGAGAACAUCAUCCUCAUCCUCAAGGCCCAGAGCAUUCUCUUCAACAGGCACCGGCAGGAGCUGGAGCCCUAUAAGUAUGCCGGCUAUCCCAUGCUGAUCAAGACCAUCACCAUGGAGACUAGUGAUCAGCAGCUCUUCUCGAAAACCUCCCCGCUGCUCCCCGCCGCCACAGAGCUGGCCUUCCACACGGUCAACUGCUCAGCGCUCAAUGCCGAAGAGCUGAGGCGGGAAAAUGGGAUUGAGAUGCUGCUGGAGGCCCUUACCCGAUGCGUGGCUGUGCUCACUGCCUCCAGCAAGCUAGAGGACAUGGCCGUGCAGGUCUGUGGGCACAUCUGCAGGUGCUUCAGUGUGGCAGCGCAGUUCGAGGAGUGUCGGGAGAAGAUCAUCGAGCUGCCCAACAUCAUCCGGGACCUGUGCCACGUGCUCUACUAUGGAAGGGGCAUCCCCCGAAUGGCAGCCUUGGCGGUGCAGUGCGUCAGUUCCUUCGCCGUGGACUUUUUCCUACAGACGCACCUCUACCACGCUGGUGUGCUCUGGCACCUGCUGGUCAACCUCUUCAACUACGACUACACGCUGGAGGAGAGCGGCAUCCAGAAGAGCCAGGAGACCCACCAGCAGGAAGUGGCUAACAGCCUGGCCAAGUACAGCCUUGUAGCCCUCAGCCGGCUUGGGGGCUACAGCACGGGCCUGGAGGGGGAAGCUGCAGACAGCGUGGUGGAGACCCCCCCAGAAAACCCCACCAUCAGGAAGAGCCUAGCUGCCAUGCUCACCCCAUACAUCUCCCGGAAGCUGUCCUCUGGCACUCCUGCGGAGAUAUUAAAGCUGCUCAACAGUAACUCGGAAAACCCAUACUUAAUCUGGAACAAUGGGACACGGGCUGAACUCGUGGAAUUUCUGGAAAGCCAGCAGGAAAGCCACAUCAAAAGGAGUGAGUGUGAUAAGAGCUUCGGCUCUGAGUUUGUGUUCAGCGACCACAGCAAGGAGCUGAUUGUCGGCGAGAUCUUUGUGAGGGUCUACAAUGAGCAGCCAGCUUAUCCUCUGGAGUUCCCCAAGGUGUUUGCUGCUAGUCUGCUGGACUAUGUGGGCUCUCAAGCCCAGUACCUUUGCACCCUGCUGGCUAUGACCCAAGCCAGCAAGGUAGAGUCCCAGCAGCAUGCCCAGAGGCUCAAGUGGGCCGAGAUGGCCCUGGAGGCUCUCCGCAACGUCAUAAAAAACAACCCAGGGUCUGAGUCAGAGUGCAUCGGACACUUCAAGCUCCUCUUCUCCCUGCUACGAGUCCAUGGGGCAGGCAAGGUCCAGCAGCUGGCUCUGGAGGUUGUGAACACUGUCACCAAGAACCAGGACUGUGUGAGCAAUAUCGCAGAGUCUCUUGUGCUGUCUAACCUCCUGGUGCUUCUCCAUUCUCUACCAUCCAGCAGGCAGCUAGUACUGGAAACCCUGUAUGCCUUGACAUCCAAUACGAAGAUAAUUAAAGAAGCCAUGGCUAAAGGUGCACUGAUCUACCUGCUGGACCUCUUCUGUAACUCCACGCACCCCCAGGUGCGCUCCCAGACUGCUGAGCUCUUCGCUAAGAUGACCUCUGACAAGCUAGUAGGACCCAAGGUCCGGUUGACGCUUAUGCGUUUCCUGCCCUCCGUCUUCAUGGAAGCUAUGAGGGACAGCCCCGAGGCAGCUGUGCACAUAUUCGAAGGCACACACGAGAACCCCGAGCUCAUCUGGAACGACAGCUCCCGGGAGACGGUCUCCACCACCGUCCGCGAAAUGAUGCUCCAACACUUUAAACAACAGAAGGAUAAUCCUGAUAUCAACUGGAAGCUUCCAGAGGAUUUCACGGUGAUGUACGGUGCCGGGCAGGGAGAACUGGCAGUGGGUGGCGUCUUCCUCCGUAUCUUCAUCGGCCAGCCGGGCUGGGUUCUGCGCAAACCCAGGGAGUUCUUGGUAUCCCUGUUAGAAACCCUCACCGAGCUGCUGGAGAAGAAUAACCCCAACGGUGAGACCCUUGAAACCGUUACCACGGCAGCCGUCUGCCUCUUCAGCACUCAGACCCAGCUAGCUGACCAGGUCCCACCGCUGGGCCACCUGCCCCGAAUACUGGCAGCCAUGAAUCACAAGAACAACGCCGUGACUAAGAGCUCCAUCCGCCUUAUUCACGUACUUUCCGAUAAUGAGCUCUGCGUACGCUCCAUGGCUUCCCUGGACACCAUCGGGCCGCUCAUGAGCGGGAUGAAGGUCCGGGCUGACAUGGUGGGCCUGGCGUGUGAGGCACUGAACAGAAUGUUCCAGAAAGAGCAGACUGACCUGGUGGCCCAGGCCCUGAAGGUGGACCUGGUGCCUUACCUGCUCAGGCUAUUGGAGGGCAUAGGUCUGGAGACCCUGGAGAACCCCUCUGCCACCAAGGCCCAGAUAGUCAAAGCACUCAAGUCCAUGUCGCGCAGCCUGCAGUAUGGAGAUCAGGUUAGCGAAAUCCUGUCCCGUUCCACUGUGUGGAGUGCCUUCAAGGACCAGAAACACGACCUGUUCAUCUCCGACUCUCAAACGGCAGGGUACCUGACAGGUGUGUCCACCCCCUCCCUCCUGGCAGCCAGCAGUCCCCUGCGGAGCGGGCUGUAGACGCCACAUCUUCGGCUUCUCUGCCCCCUUCUUUCUAACUCUGACGCAGGUCCGGGAGUGGCAGGCUACCUGACCUCUGGGGCGGCCUCCACCGUAAUGCCAAGCAUGCCCCCACCAGUAGACAACGACGUCGGAGAGCAGUGCUGACCGAUCGACGGCGGUGCCUACGUCCCGGGCAGAAAGGCCCCCCUGCAAUUGCAGUCUACAGCUCUACCAAACUGAACAGUAGAGAGUGAGGCUUUAGGAGGGGGGGGUGACAGGGAUGGAUCAUGGACCCUUGUACCUCUCCACCCUAAUGUCCUCCAGAUCCCAAACAGCACUCACCUUGAUCCAAGGUUUUUGUGUGUGUGUGUGUGUGUGUAUGUGUAUGUGUGUGUGUUUUUCCCUCCUUAAAUCAGUAACAAAUCCAUAACACAUUUUUUUGUGUGCUGGCAAAGUCGUGCACUUGGUUCCUGUCUCGAUUUGUUCCCAGGCAAGACGAGUAUAGUUUACUUUUGUAUGAAUAUAUAAUUGGUUUUUUUUUUUACUCAUUUUGUGUAUGAACGCGACCAGAGAAAGGCUAUACCGUCUAUUCGAUUCCCCUCCCCAUCCAGUCCCCCUUACUUAGUCUGAAAUACCAGCCAAACCCCCACAGAGGAGACCCCCCCCCUUCCUGGCUCUGCUGGGUCCAGUGGCUGUGGCUUGUUUUUCCUUCCUUUCUUACCAUGGUUUAAAACAUUUUUUUUUUUUUACGUAAUUUUUUUUUUUUUUUUGAUUUUCAAGACUGUGAUCCUGACUAUAUGGACUAUUGAUUUUCUAUGAUGUUUUAUAGUGUUAUAUGGGAGGGAAUAACAGAAACAUACACCGGUUUGCUUGAUCUGGACGUCUCACCAAAUUCAUAUCUGCUCGGCUGGGCAUGACGGUAGCUCCUUCUCUACCUUCUCCAGGAUCCUGCUUAUCUGCUGUCCUCCUCUCUGAAAUGUUUUUUCUUUUGUACUUAAUCUCAUCCCCCACCCCCAGACUGCAAAAACCAGUAUAUUCAUACUUAAAAAUGACUGCCUUUACAAAGUCAAAUUAGCUCCUAAGGACACAGAAAAGAAAGAAUAUUAACUGAUUAUAAAAGUAUGUGAAAGACUAGUGCAAUUGUGAAAUGGCCUAUGUAAUAUUCCGUAUGUAAACUUUCUAUAUUGAAUGUACAUUAAAAAAAAAAAUCAGUCAAACUGUACAUAAAAUUUUAAGAAUAAACAAAGGGAAUACACAGGAAAA